AGCGCCUUCGCCCCAUGCGUACUAAAAAAUUUUGGCUUUCAAUAUGAUAAAACUAAAAUUCACGACGCAUUAAUGUGCUGUCCUCGUGAGAUUGAUCAUCUCUCUCUUCAAUACGUUUCGCUUUUUGGCCGGCUGCAAAUAAGGUGAAUGAAAAAGAAAAUUAAAUCAAAGUAUUUUCACAACUACAGUUGCCGCUGUCCUCGAUGAAGCAGUUGUUUUAUUUGACGAUCUUAUUUGCAUCGGUAGGCAAAGACAAAGUAUUUACGUAUUGAAUAGGUGCUAACUAUAGGUUAACGCAUUACUUACUUAUUCCAAUCGGAGAGAGUAGAUUUCGAUGGCGGACUUCUUGAUUCCUGCCCCUGCGACCGGGGCGGGUGAGCUGGACGACGAGGCACAAAACGGGCGGCGCGUGAACAUUUUUCUACAAACAAAUAACUACCACUGGCAGAUGGCCCUGCCAACCGACCGCCUGGAGAGCCGGUACGAGAAGCUGGGGCACCCGAUCGGCGAAGGCACGUACGGAACGGUCUGGAAAGCGAGGCUGCGAACAACAGGACAUCUUCCCCGGGCCCACCACGGCGGAAGGAGCAGAGAAGAUGCAACUACAAGUAGGAGGUCCUUCGACGUCCUGCGCGGUCGCAAAGCAGAACAAGGGCACCAGCGACCUGGUGACGUGCACGAAGACCAGCCAUCGCCGCAAAGCCGCCGGGUGGAAGACGCCGGGCAGCAGCUCCUGGGAACAGAUCUUCACGAAGUUGUCCCAGAGGACGAGGAGAAAACUGGAACGGCCAACAUGCAGCUUUCGUCGGAUGAUGAUCAAGAUGACGAGGUGGGCGGCGAUGAUGAAAUGGUAAAAGAAGAGGAGGAGCACAGCGACGUGCAGGCCCACCAAGCGGAAGUUGUACAGAAAGCAGAAAAUGAUCUUUCCCAGCGUCCAAAGACGAGCACCCUCGAACAACAUCAAGAAGCCCGUGCAGGAGCCCGGACGGCAGCUUCGCAAGAGUUGCUGCCCGUAGAGGUGAAGCAACCAGAACAUCAGCAGCAGGAGCAGGAGCAGCUCCCGAAUGAACAAGGUGAAGCCCACACUGCGAGCACCAUCAAAAGCGCCGUUGCUCCUGGUGUGGAUUUGACUUUUACUGCGACAUCAAAACAAGAAGACAAGCUCAAACCCACUACAACUGGAACUGCUCCUUCCAACCGCGAGCCGGAUGAAGCGAAAUCAUCAUCUGCGAGGACGAGAAUGGGCAGUUCUUUGUUCGCCAUGAAAAAGGUGAACCUGCGCAACGAGAAAGAAGGCUUUCCGCUGUCCGCGAUUCGCGAGAUCCGGCUGCUGCAGCGGCUGGACCACCCGAACAUCGUCCGGCUCAAGGAUUUAUCAAAUGUAAAAAUGUCUGGGUCUGGAAGAUUGCGAGGUUUGUCAUGCUUGUCUGGCAUGACCAAAAAGUUUGUGAUGCGUGUCCAAGAAGAGAUCCUUUUGCCUGUCAUGCAAAAACGCAUUUUGUCAUGCGAAAAACGCAACACAAAGAAGCGCAGAUAUUUCUCAUGCUUGGCUGUGCAUUACAGAGCAUACACUAUUCCCAACGCAGCAUCACAAGUUUCCAGACCCAGACAUUUUUACAUUUGAUAGGAUUUGGUCUGGUCCGAGCAGGAGAAGCAGAACCGGUGGAAGGGGGUGGUAUGACCUGCUCAGUUACAAUAGAAUCUGGAUUUUGUCUUGCAUGAUAAGCAUGACAGAAUCGCAGAGCAUUCCACUUUCUGCAAUACAAAUUUCGCUAGAUUAUAAUUCUAGUGCGGUUUGGGGCUCCGAAGCUUGUGAUGCGCCAUCCUGUGGGAGUAGGGUACAUCAUGCACUUCUUGCAUCACUAACGUUUGAGAUUAUAACACCUGAGCAGGUUAUAGGUGGUGCACCUCGUUUUUGAGUUUGUCGAGCACGAUUUGACGGGCUUGCUGCUGUACCGGAAGCGCAUGGUCUCGCUACCGGAAGUGAAAAACAUGGCGACGCAAAUCCUGAGGGGAUUAUCCUUCCUGCACGGCCGCUUCGUCGUGCACCGAGACCUAGGGAUUGCAAAAAUGUCUGGGUCUGGAAGAGUGCAAGACUUGUCAUGCAGGUUUUCCAUGAGCCAGGAGGUCUGGUAUGAAGGACAUAGCAUGACAGAUUUUGCGAGAGUUCUAUCAUGCCUAUCCUGCAUGAGAAACUGCCUCUCGAUUAGGUCAAAAGUGGACAGCUCCUGGUAAUCAUGCAACACAGAUUUUUACAUGAUUCAGAUUUAGCAUGACAAGAUGUUUUGUUCCAGACCCAGACAUUUUUGCAUUUGAUAAGACCUCAAGCUGAGCAACAUCCUGGUGACGAACGGUGGCGUACGGAAUUGAAGCAGUCUAUGGAUGUGUCAGGUUUGAAAUCGUCAAAGUUGAAAUAGUUUGUCAUGCAUAAAACGGAUACCAGUUAGACCUACAGUUUGUAGUCGGCGCAUGACAAAUUUUCCCGGUCCUGGAAGCGAGUCUGUCAUGCGGUUUUGGGCAAAAGAGCUGCCUUCUGUCAUGCUAGAUAGCAGUCCAACUUUUGACCCUUACCAGGAUGAUAAUCUGCCUCCCGUGGGUCCUCUGCAAUAGAUUCGCUUUUUGUGUCGCAUUUUAUGCAUUACAAAUUAUUUCAACUUUGACGAUUUCAAACCUGACGCUCCCAUACAGUCGUCUCAUGUGCGAUCUUCCAGGUUUGGAACCGAUUCUGGUGUUGUACUACUUGCCACUUAAGUAUUAGUUUGAUCGCCGUAAUAAAACUACAGUAAGAUGAACGAGCACGCCUAAAUUUUUUUGAUCACCGAGCACGUAAUGGAAUUGUAAAUCUGUUGCAUGUUCUUCUUCUUGACAAGUGUUCUGCAAAGAGAAGUUCCAGGCUCAGACGUGUUUUUCUAUUCCUCCAUACGAUUGCCUCAAGCUUGCGGACUUCGGGCUCAGUCGGUACUUGGAGGAUCCGGCGACGUGCCCAACCGCGGUGCUGCCCCCUCUCAGCGGUACAGCAGUCGCUGCUGCGGCUACCGGUAAAAAUGCGGGCGCGAUCUCGACGGGGACAUCUCAUGCUGAAGAUGACGAAGCUGCAGUACAUGACGCACCUGUUUUAAGUGUAACAACGCCUGGUGAGCAGAACGUUGCUGAUAAUAAUUUAUUUUCUAAUACCGGCGAGGAGACCACAUCAGCCGUUCACGUCCAUCCCCGCCCGCGGAGCCGCACCAUCGACACGCUGCUGCCCCAGCGCACGAACCGCGUGAUUACACUCUGGUAUCGACCGCCGGAGCUGCUGCUCGGUUGCAAGGUGUACGAAUACGAGGUAGAUGCUAUUCCGGGUAGAUCAAACGUGCCCAUUUCGCGUUCAACAACGCACAGUCGUGAAGUCGUCCGUUGUAGUUCUACUACACAAAUUGAUACCAAUUUUUUAUGGGCGGGGGUUUGGUUAAAGUUAACUAGCAUCAAAACCAAAAACCGAAUGGUUCUACUGCGAGUUAAAGUAGUAGUUGCGCAUCACAAGAAGAUGAAGAAAUUGGCUACAACUGCGCGCCGGAGGUGCAGCAGAGGUGCUUAGCACCAUCUAGCAUGGCCGUCACAGCGAGCUCGUAGUAGGGCAAGUUUGGCUUUCGUAAGCGUAGGGAGUUGGAAAUAGCGUAUCGUGCGCUUCUUCUACAAACUGCCACGAAACGUGAUGCAGGUCGUUGUAGGAAAAAUGCGCAUCCCCCCGCCAUUCCCAUCUUGUACUUGAAACGCAAGUCUUCAUCAUGACAGACACUAGCGCACGUCGGUCUCGGUGUUCGUUAUCAUCUGGCGUCAAGACUAGGAAAUAACUGGAGACGAGGAUAUUCGGCUCGUUUGCUUUACACUGGAUACUCCUCUGGUCGGCCGGGUGCGUCAUUGCGGAGCUACUGAUCGGCCGACCACUGUUUCCGCUGGACAACGAAAAGAAGGUGUACCAAAAAAUCAGCGAGUUCUGCGGGCACCCGAACCCCACGACGUGGCCCGAUCUGUGGAACAAGCCGACAAUGUACCCCUUGCGUGGCGAGUACCUGGUUGGUACGGGCGGGGGCUCUGGUGUGGGUUCUGCGUAUUAUCAUGGCAGUUUUUACGGCGGGUCGUCGCGCAGCGGGACGGCCGCUGCAGUAGGUGGAAAUUCGCAAUAUCACUACUUGGAUCAGCAGAACAAGCACAACUACUACAACAGCAACCCACAGAUGAAUUAUAAGAAUCCUCAGCAGGGCGGUGGGUCUUCAUCGAGUCGCAAGCGCUCCGCCUCCGAUCGGGAUAUUGAUUAUCCUGGGAGAACAAUAGGUGAUCUUCGUGGGCCCCCGCCACCACCUUCAAAGGACGUCGAUGCUGGCGGCUAUGACCACCACCAGCCUAGUACAACUAGUCGACAAGCGAGAAAAAGAAAGCCCAACAAGUACAACUACUCCCUGUUUGACAUGAAUCCCCUGAUUCUCGACGAAAACGGGCUGCCCGUGGUGCAGACGGGGGAAGAACAACCAGCAGACGGAGAGCAAAGCGACGCAAUAAAUCUGGAACCCGCCUAUGACCUCGAAAGUAGAACUACCCGGGCGGACCAGAAAUUCGUCGCGGAGCACGAAAACAGCAGCUCCCUGUUCCACCACAGCGAAGACUUCCAGAGUGAGGACGAAGAAACGCCGUUCGAGGAGUGCUUCGGCACCGCCAAUGCGGUGAAGAGCCGUUUCAUGGCGCAAAUGCUCAGCAUGGACCCGACCAAGCGGGAGGUCUGCGAAAGGAUCCUGGACCACGAGUUUUUGCGCUCGCACCAACCUCUGCCCUGCAAAAACGAGGAAAUCAAACUGAACAAAUUCGUGCACUGCCACGAGCGGUCAGCAAUCAAAAUCAAGGAGAAAGAGAAGCGGCAGCGGGAAGCCCGCGAGGAGCUGGCGAGAAAGAGGCAACGUCGCUGGGAGCACUGAUGACAACGAAAUCUUCAGGUGGUUGCGAUUUUUAUUGUGUUUUCGGUAUUUUUUAUCCGGUCCUUUUCGUCUUCUAUGACGCGACGUUCCCUUACGAACAAGUACGUACCUCUACUUUCUGUGGAACUUCUGUAGCUUGUUUCUUGAACAAAGCACAAUACGACGAAUCGAUCCCGAAUGUGG